GACAAGGCAGACAAAGGUUCAUUUGUAAAGAACCUCCUUCCAGCACCUCCUCUCUUCUCCUUCUGCCCAAACUCACCCAGUGAGUUGGAGCAUUUUAAAAGAUUCUCCUGCCAAGAAGACCAAAAGGAAAGAAGAAAAGGGGACAAAAGCCAAAAUGAAAUUUAUCGUACUUGUCACCGUUGGGCUAACUCUGCUGCUAGGAGUCCAAACCAUGCCUGCAAAUCGUCUCUCUUGCUACAGAAAGAUACUAAAAGAUCGCAACUGUCACAGCCUUCCAGAAGGAGUAGCUGAGCUGACAAAGAUUGAUGUAAACGUCCAGGAUCAUUUCUGGGAUGGAAAGGGAUGUGAGAUGAUCUGUUACUGCAACUUCAGCGAAUUGCUCUGCUGCCCAAAGGAUGUCUUCUUUGGACCAAAGAUCUCUUUUGUGAUUCCUUGCAACAGUCGCUGAGAAUCUUCAUGCGCUCUGGAGAGAUCUAUCGCCAAUUCCCCAGGAACUGCGCUAUAUCAGUGUAACUGCAUUUCUAAUUUCUAUCCAGUGCAAUAAAGCACAGAUUCUAUAAAUUCUUACUUGUCUAAGACAAAAACUUGUGUUAAACAAGUAGUAAUAAAAAUUAAUUCAACUUAAUUUUUCUUUUUGGACAUUUUUGGCACUGGUUAAAAAUAUUGGCUAGAAAAUUUUCAUCUAUGAGGUGUUGACUACAUCAAUAAAAGAAUUCUGUUCCCCAGUUGAAUAGCCAUAAUCCUGGCUCAAAUGUUGAGAAGUUUCAGUUCUUAGUUGACAGUUAUUGACCAUCUAAUACUUAAUGGAAAGAAUCAUAAAUAAAUUGAGAUUCUUAGAAGGGAAACUAGAUGUUUUCUAGUGAGAGGGGAAAAGGAAGCCAAUACUUGAGUAUACAUUAUGCAUGCCAACUAUUUUAAGUACAUUUUCAUUUUACCCUUUUAAAAACAGCAGCGACAAAAAUCGAUGUAUUCUUAUACCAUUUUUCAGAUACUGACUCAAGUUUAAGAUAUUUGUUAAAAAUCAAGGCAAGAAUUUGAACAGAGUCCUAAUUCCAAAGCCCAUACACUACACACACACACACACAACAGCUGCAUCCUUCAAACUCUGACCCAUAUCCCCAAUGUAUCAAUUUUUCUCAAAAAUAGCACAUAGUAAGAAACACAUGUAAUGGGUGAGAAUUAAAAAGUCAAAAGAAUUUUGAAAGUAAAUAAAACAGAUGCCUUCAAAAAUAUUUUCUGUUUGUUAGAAACAGCUUUGGACUAUGCCUCCAUAUCUUAGGAGGUAUGCAUUGACUAGUGGCCAUCAGAAGUGAUUUCCGAAAGUCCUUCAUGCAAUAAAAAUUUAUUAACUGCUUGCUAAGUGCCAGCUAUUAUUAAGAUUUGGACAUAUAGUAAUGAAUAAGAAAGACUUGCCUCUUGGAAAUUGUAUUUUAAGAGAACUGUAAUAUCUACAAAUUAUUAUCUAUAGAUGUGAAACCUGCUACAGAGAAGUGUAAGGUGCUCCACAGAGUAUUGUGUGGAAAAGUUUGAGAGGCACAUCACCUGUGGUAAACUUAGGAGGUAGCAUUUUGUGAUUAAAAGUUACAUUAUUUAAUGGAAAUAGAUCCCUGGAUGUCUCUAAUCUGUCUCUGAAGACCACACCCAGAUUUGUUCAAUAAGUGUUACUGUGCUGGACCAAACAAUUUUGAGGUAGUCAGAAUUAAUUCCUACUAAAAUCUGCACAAACAUAACUCACAAUGUUUGCAGGUCGUGUGACCUCCUACAAAAAUGCAUGAAGUGGAAUUGUUUUCAAAAAUCAAAUGUGUUGUUUUAUCACAAUUAGAUGAUUUGA